GUUUUCAAACGGUUCAAUGUUUGGGUGUUCGUUGGAUUUUAUCAUUCUGAUGCACUGUAUGUUUUUAUUUCCUGUGAUGGGUAAUGGCUUAAUGCAUUUUUAACAGUCGGUUUAAGUUGCCUCAGUUUAUUGUCUCGUCUAAUCGAUGAAAUUUUCUGGUGAAACUUAAACCAACUUUCACAGUUAUAUUUAUCGCUUGGCUCCAGCGUACAGAUUUCCUCCUAAUGUUGAUUGCCUAUCGUUGUCUGGAAUGUCAUAGGCGAAAACGUGGCAUUUUCACCCUAUACAUUUCCGAAAAAUAUGCUUAAAUUUGAUCUUCCUUUUCUGGCAUAUUUGAUUGUUUUUAUAUCAAGGACAACCUAUCUUUGAUAGAUUUCAGUCACUAAAAUAAUCUCAUUAUCCAUCAUCAUCCUAAUAAUACCUAGUUAUGUAUGUCACGUAGUACUAGAUUGGGAAGUUUCAAUUUAUUUUAUUGUGGCAUAUUCAUUGGGCAAUGUACGUUGUACAGUAUAUUUAGUUGAAGAUGAGCAAUUAUAGAUUUAAGGUUUCCAUUUGCCUAAACACUGGUGAAAUCACAAUCGUUAAGAGUGUUUUGGCACAUUUCCUUCAGUUACUACACGUUUUUUGACCUGGUGGCGGCUUUUUUUCACUUAGUAGUUGCAAAUUUUGUCAUUCAGUUGACCUGCUAAUGUUCGACUUGAAAACUCAUACCAAAACCUUAAAUUUGCAACCGGUCUUUUUCCAAUUUCUGUGAUGUCAGAUUUUUAUCGCUAGCAUUCCUUUUGGUUGUCACAAGAGACCUAAGUGAUCAAUGCUCACAACAGCUCACAUAAUAUUACCCAUAAAUUUUUGCCAUGCAAUUAUUUUGACCACAAAAAUGUCAGCGAGUACUUUCGACGUAACCAUUAGUAGAGUGAUGCACGAAUCGUCACACAGUCAUCCGUAAUAUAACACCACGUUCAAUAAUAUCUAGUUUAAAAAGCUAGUGUGUACGUUGCUAUCAAAUCGUCUAUUAGACUCACAACCUGUGCCUCCAGUUAUCAGGUAUAUGACCUUUACCUAGACGCUAUUCCUCAUGUCAUCGUUAGUGUGUUUCUAUUAAAUUGUCAUCAACACUUCUUAAGCAAAACGAUUUAUGUUCUUCAUUGUCCCAUUGGUAAUAUGUACUAAUGUUACAGCAAUACAUGUAGCGUCAGUUAGCAUAAACCUAACAACCCGUUUUCUUCUAAGUCAAUAAUUCUACUAAUCCUGAUUUCCAAGAUAAGUGGAGGUAACGCAGUUUCUUUUCAGAAACAAACUUCACCAUACCUAACGAACUAAUUUUUUGAUUCUCAUUGUAGCAAAUAUAUUGAUCAAACUAGUGACCACAAGUUAUCACCUAAGUAAAUUCCAGACCUAUCUCCUCUUGAAGUUGGGUUGACUUUCAAUGUUAAAGCAUGUCCAUACUAAUGCCUAUUCAUGAUCCUUUCCUUAUAAAUUUGUACUAAUACUUUUAGUGAAUUAGUUUUUAUCAGGCAGCUCCUGCGUCGCUUGUGUGCCAUUAGUUUUUUGUAGCUAAGAUGAUGGAUUUUUAAUUCCUUAUUUAAUGCUACCGAAGUCUACUUUUCUAGUCUUCAAUCAAAUGUAACCUUUCAAUUCUAAUUUUUAAAUAAACUUUACUUGAUAUUUCGAUACAAUAGUGUAAAAAUAGGCUACUAUUCUCCACCUCAUAACCAAUUCUUUAAGUACAUAUUAGAUGUCUCUAUUUGAAAAUCUGGCAUAAAAUUCAAUCAGUAUUAAAUCCAUUUUCGUUUGAUUCGAAACAUUAAUUUGGUAGAUGUAUAGACAAAUAAUUCAAAAACUACAUGAACCCUUGGCUCAUCUCUGUUUAGUGGCCAUCUUUACCAACGGUUGAAUAGAUAUUGGUGAUUAUGUUAAGGGACGUCUUAUACUGGUGCUUGCUAUAAACAAAUGCUUAUCAGGACACAGAUGAAUUAAUCUUUACUCGCUCUUUUUUCUUCAGUAUCUCACAGAUAGUCUUUUAGCCUCCUUUGGUUUACUUUUCACAUGUUCAUUUGGGAACCCCUAAUUGACCUCACCACUGGUUAUGAAAGUUGCAGAUCAAUGCUUACUGUUUACAGAUCAUUAUCGUGCGGUAAUUAUUUUCAUACAAACUCAAUUUUUUAUGUAACGUUACUGAAACCGGCCACAUUAGUAUGAUGAAUAAGCAUCAGUAUGAGUUUCUGAGGCAAAAUAAGUUGAACGCGCUUAAGUCACCAAUGUCAUGAAUUCACUCAUUUAACAAGUUCUCUGCGUUAAAUAAAUUUACGUGAUUAAUUGCAUGUAGCUUCCACAAAAUUAUAUCAGUUCUAAAAACGUAAACUGAAUACCAUUGGCUAGUUUAUGUUCCAUAUGCACGGAGUAGAAAUACCGGCUUUGAACUAUUUUCUAUUGUAUAUCUAGACUUUGAUAACCCAGAUUUACAGUCUAAUUAUUUGAGGUAGCGCAAUGGUUUAUACCAUGGGUGUUUGUUUUCUGGUUGUUAUAAUUCUCACAUUGUGUAACUGGUUAUUUUAUUUUGUUUCGCGUGUAGAUAAUUCGUCAUAUGUUCUACUGGAGUCAUUCAAAAUAGCCACUUUUCUAUAGAAUGUGCACUUUGGAGAAAAGUGAUCCGUCAGCAACAUCUGGGCAUUCCGUUGCUAUCGUAAAUUCGACGAUUUCUCGGGCUACAUUAAUGGAUCGACAAAAUAAUUUACAUUCUGUAAAGGAUGAUCCAUCUAGUCACCACUGUUUGACACACUUUAAAAACAGAAAGUCAUAUAAAAACAGACCUUCAAGUUCUAUGUACAGAUUGAAAAUCCUCAAACGUUGUGGUCGGCACUUAAAACGAUUAAUUGGACAUAAAAUUGAUGUUGACAAAACUGUUUUUGAAAAUAAUGAUGAGAAUGACGAUGAUAAUUGUUCGGUUUCAACAAAUUCUUGUCCAACUAUCACCAGACUAAAUAAUUCCUCUUCAACAUGCUGUCAUCAAUGUAGAGAAAACUGUAUUCGUAUGAAAAUUUUAAAAGAUGUACGAAAUCAGCAAAAUAAAUUAUCUCAAGAAGUCAGUCAAUUAAAACAACAAUUUUCAGAAAUUCAAACUGUUUUAGUAUCUAUCCAAAAUAUUCUAAUUAAUCGAAUUCAUCUUCAGUCUUCAUGUACAACAACAACGUCUUCUGUAUAUUCACAUCCUUUAAAUUCAUCCAUUUAUCUGUGUAAUAAUAAAAAUAAUACGUCUAUAUUUUCACCAAUUAAUCCAAUGAUAAAUACGGAGUUGUCUACCAUUGACAUUUGUUCAGCCAGUUUUCCAUUGAACAAUGUACAUAAUACUAAAAUUACUCAUAAUCAAUUACCUACAUCAGACAAUCUUAAUUAUGUGACUAACAUCAGUUCACCAUCAUACUGUACAUCAACAGCGGCGACAACACUUCCAUCAAGUAUAAUCUACAAUCCUUCCACUCUGUCUACAUCUUUUAUGCCUUUAAAAAUUUUAACAAACCCAUCAUCAUCAGAAAACUUACCGAUUUCACCUUCAAAUAUUUCAUCUUCACCGUCAGUUUUAUCUGUACUUCAUGGUUCAGUUCCUUCAUGUAUUCCGUUGUGUAUGAAUUCAAAGAUUCCAUUGGUAGAAAAUACUAUCAAUUCAAUCGUAAGUCGUCCACAAACCAAUCGAACUUUGACUGAUUCAAUGUCAAUAAGUCAAAUGCAUUAUAUCCCUUUAAAUGAACAAAUUAAUUUGCUAACAACUUUUACUGCUACUACUGCUACUACCAUUGCAACGCAAACUGGCGCGACUGAAUCUUAUCCUCCUAUUUUAUUGGUAAACUCACUGGGUCCUGGAUAUUCGCAAACCACAACAUGUCUAUCAACAACUUUGACCAAUACUACCUCAACAGAUCCACCUAUAUCCUCAACCUCUACUGUUAUAUUGUCCCAUAAUGAUGAGUGCAUUUCACUGAGUCAUUCAGGAGCAGUUGUCAACUGUAUAGAUGAGAACAUCGAUCCAUUAGACAGUCCUACAUCUAUUGAUUCGUCACAACAGUUUACGAUAGAUCAAAUUGAACCAUUGAACACUUUUGAAAUAGCCGCUACAGUUAGAGAUCUUCUUACAAAGCAUAAUAUUUCACAACGCCAAUUCUCUAGGCAUAUACUUAAAUUAAGUCAAGGUACAAUGAGUGAAUUAUUGUCUAAACCGAGACCAUGGUACAGAUUAACUGCACGUGGUCGAGAUUCUUAUAGACGAUUGCAAGCAUGGAUAUCGGAUCCAAAUAAUGUGAAUAGUUUAAAAAAUACUCAACGUAGACGAACCGAGACUACUCAAUCUACAUGCGAAAUUACUAGUUUAAAUAAUCAACAAUCUCUGUUAUUUCCUAACUCAAAUCCUGUACCAACACCUUAUCAAAAGGAUUUUUCCCUAACAAAAUCUAAAUCAAUCUCUCCAUUUGUCUAUCGUAAUGAUAUUGAACCUCUAAGUGUUUUAACUAGUCGACCUGAAAAGACAGAACUUAUAUAUGAUCUAGAAACUCAAAAGUCUAACGAUUCUCAUCAUUCUCAUCAUCACCACCAACAACAAACUAGUAAAGAAACACAUUACAGUCAUCGCUCUUUGAUGAAAUCUUCCGAAUCAGUUCAUCCAGAUGAAAAUAUUGGAUCUAAAGAAGAACAAGAAACUGAAAGACGCAUUAAUCAAAUUUUAUUAGCUGCUAAAGCGGCAAUGGAUUAUGAGAAACAAAUUAAAGCCAAUGGAUUAACUGAGAAAAUUAAUAGCGAUUUAUUUGACAGUACAUCAACAAUGAAACAGCACCAAUCUCCAUUGUCAGAUUGUCAAAUCGGGAUUUAUAAUGAUAACAGUCCAUCGGUAUCUGCUAUUAGUAUUAGCGAUGGUGAUUCACAAACUACUGCUACUACUACUACUACUACUACCAAUAAUAAUAAUAACAAUAAUAAUAAUAAUACCACUGUUACCACUUCUGGAAGUAUUAUCAACUCUUUUGAAUCAACUGUUGCCACUUCAUUGAUCAAUGAAAACAAUGCUGUAUAUCAUCAUUCCUCAUCUUCUCACCUAUCACCAUAUCCUAACAAUUUAUUAAGACAUGGAAUAAAUAUUAGCUCAAAUUCUUCUACAGUGUCAAAUCACAAUAAUUCUUUUAAUAAUGUCAACAAUUUAUCAUGUACUCCUACUGUAUGUUAUGGUAGCCUUCAAACUUGUCCAUCUGUGAAUGAAAUUACAAUCUGUUCAAAAUUGCCAUCUAGUCAAUUGGUAACGUCAUCAUUACCAGUAUGCUCUAAUAAUACUGUAGUUCAUGCUACGCAGCAAUCUAUGCCAAUUAUGUCAAAUGGAAUUACAGUUUCAGAUCUUUUAAAACUAUUUACUACUCAGUUGACGAAUAAUCCAAUCAAUUCAAAUAAACCAGUCAUAUUCGACGCAACACUUGAUAAUAAUAAUAAUUCUCCAUAUCCUUCAAAAGUACAAUCCACCAUCACAUUACCUUGUGCCUUAAAUACUUCAAAAAAUGUAACCAAUAAUAAUCAAAAUAUUCUAUUCAAUAGUAAUCUUCCAUUAUUGGCUAACUCAUCAUCAAUCUCUUCACCUUAUUCCAUCAAUAAUACUAUUAUUAAACAAGAUGAUUGUGCACCGAUAUAUACACCACUUCGAACAACAAUAACUACUACAACACCAGUCAUAACUAAUGAAUUUCCGAUGCCUAUAUUAUCUCCAUCAAUAAUUAAAUUAAAUAAUCACCUACCGAUCCCACCUUUAGGUAUUCAACCUGUAUCAACACCAUUAUUCUCACAGACAUCUACUUCUACUUCUCUGUCGUCAUCACCCAUGUCCUUACAACAAACUUUAAUGCUUUUGGCGUCAGCAGCAACGGCUAGUGUUCCGUUGAAAACUCCAUCAACAUUAGCGAAUUCAGAGCAUAUUAAUAUGAAUCAAUGGAAUCAUGAAGAUUCAAACACUGCAACUAUAAAUGCUCCGGCUACUAUUACUACUAAUACUACGACCACUACUGUUCCAUUGUUAACUAAUAAUGAUACAGUUCACCAUCAUAAUCCCUAUGAAACAGCUGAUGAUAAUUUAUCUGAUUCAAGUUAUAUCAAUAACACGAUGCUUUCACUUCAAAGAGUGGUACUUCCUCCUUUGAAACAAGAAGAUAUUGAUAAGUACAGUGAAUUAUCUACUGAAGAGAUAACUCAUCGUACUCGCUCAAUUCUUUCUCAGUAUUCUAUUAGUCAAAGACUUUUUGGUGCAUAUAUACUUGGUUUAUCUCAAGGAAGUGUUUCUGAUCUAUUGGCCAGACCGAAACCGUGGAAAUUACUUACACAAAAAGGUCGUGAACCAUUUAUAAGAAUGCAGCUAUUUUUAAAUAAUCCCGACCAUAUAAUAAAAUUGUUACAAUCAUGUUCUUGUCAAAGUGGAAUUAUCCACUCAAACCACCAAUCUGAUAUAAACAUUAGUUCAAAUAUAUCUAUGCAACAGCAGUGUAUUGAUCAGAUAGUACCACCACCAUCAUCAACAACAACAUUUGGAAAUGCACUAUCGAUAUUGAAUCCUUCAUUAUAUGAUUCACAAGCGAUGUAUUCUGGACAAACUAUUGAUUGUUCACUAUUUGAACCGAUUACAAGUCCAUCAGGUUCACCUACACCAAAUUCUAUACAAAAUGAAUGUUCUAAUGAAAAUGAAAAUGUGUUGCCUCUAAAUAAUAAUAAUAAUAUUAACCAAAAUUCUAGCGUUUAUCAAAGACCUUCAUCGAAGAAAGUCAUGGAAUUGGCAACAUCUUUAACCGAUCUGGAUACGACAUCUAUGUGUGGCAAAAUAAAAGAGCUUUUACAACGCCAUUCAAUACCACAACGAUUAUUCGGUGAUGUUGUAUUGGGAAUGUGUCAAGCAUCUGUUAGUGAUAUUUUAUCAAAAACACGUCCUUGGUCACAUUUAUCAAAUAAGGCAAGAAUACCAUAUGUACGUUUACAUUUAUGGCUACAAGAACCAGAUCAUUUGGAAAUGUUGAAAGCUGCUCAAGCAAAUAUCAAAACGUUUUCACGUCCUAAUAGUAAUGUAAAAAUAAUUCAAGGUCAUGAAACGUCAACUAUACAACAGCAGCAACAACAAAUAUCUGAUUUAUCCUGUGAAUAUUUACCAUCGAUUAAACCGGAAUCAUCAGAUAUAGUAACUUCUUCCGAUUUAAGAAGUAAGCAACAUUCAUCAUCGUCAAUAGCAAUAACGACAACAACAACCACAACAGCAUCUCGUAAACGUACACCUUCAUUAUCAUCAUCACCGUCGUCAUCAUUAUGCAAUCAAGAUAAUUUAAUUAAUUCACCGAUUUCUAAUAAAAAUAGUAAAUUGUUAAAAAUUGAUAAGUCACAAAUCAUAUUGUCACCUAAUAAUAAUAAUAAUAAAAUAAAAAGUGCCACAAUUAAUAAUUCAUCACAAAUUGCACCAAUUGAUCAUUUAAAUGAAUAUGAACGUCAAAGUCUAUUUGAUAUAGCUAAAGCAGCAACAACUGUUAUGCUGUUGGCAUCAAACUCUAAUUCUUGCAGACAAAAUCAAAUUAAAUCAAAAUUAUUAACAAAUUCAAAGAAAAAAUCUAAUAAUAAUCUGUCAAAAUGUAAACGUCAUCAAGUUAUCAGUAGUGGUAGUAGUCGUAGUCUUCGUCGUCGUCUUUGUAAUAUUAGUCAAUCACAACAGGAUGCAUUAAUAUCAGCUUGUAGUGAGCAUCAAUUACCUUUAUCAACAGAAACUAUGAAAUCGCUUGCUCAAGAUUUAUGUCUUCCAUAUAAAACGAUUUUAAGUUGGAUACAUAAUUAUCGAACAUAUAUUCAACGAAAUAAUCAGUCUAAACUUGAAAUUGUCUCAGAUGCUGAAAGUGAUUAUUCCAUUGAAGAAUCAAAUGAUACGUUGUACGACAAUGAUAUUGCUCUUGAAAAACAACAUAAACCGCCAAUGGCGACAACAUCAACUAAUACGGCAACCACUACAGAUCACUUAACAUCGUCAUCAUCAGAUCGAUAUGCGGAUAAACAGCACUUACCACAUAAUAGACGUAAACCAAUUAAUCCUACUAGGUUAGCAAGUGCAGUGGCUGUUGCAAAUUCCCCUAGUAAAUCAAUUCAUCCUGCCACAUUAUCUAAUUCAAAUGAACACGAAAAUUCGAUUGUUCCUGUGACUUGA